GUCAAAACAACAAUUCACGUAGUGAUUGCCGAUUACUUAAGUAGUUAGGAGUAUAAAAUCGCAUUACUAACAAUUCAGGAACUAUGUUUUUGACUCUUAGAUUAUUAGGUAAUCGACAUCCAUCCUUCAUCGCCCGCACAGUGUUUGUAAAAAACAAUAACGUUGACGAUGCUUGCAGACUUCUUAACAGAAUUCUUGGGAAAGAAGGGAUUUUAGAACAAUUUAGAUUAACCCGACAUUAUGAGAAGCCGUUCCAGACUCGUCGACGAGUUAACCACGAAAAAUGUAAAGCCAUAUACAAUGAAGAUAUGGAAAGAAAGAUCCAGUUUGUUCUCCGCAAGAACAGACACGAGCCCUUCCCUGGUUGCCAAUGAUAGUAGCAAAAUUUGUUCAACAAUACAUGUAGUGUCUAUAUAUUUAAGAUUAAAAUAGAAUAACUAGUUUUACUUUA